AUGUCUUCCAGCUCCUACUCAUACGGCUCCUCGUACGCACAGGACAAGUCCAAGUCCUACGCCUCGCGCUCGUCCUCUCCGCGCUCUACUACCUCAACGUCCUCGUCAACCAGCUCUUCAAGCCUCUACGCCCACCGCGGCCACUCCACCCGCAACAACCGCUACGGCAGCAAGCCCGGCAGCGCCGUCAUUCACAAUGGCGGUGGGCAGUCUACCGGACCCAGUAGCACGUCUGCUGGCAACUCGGGCUACUACCAGUAG